UAUUUCCUUACUACUGGGAGAACAUUGACUGGUGUUGACUUCACCGAAAUAAAACAGGCGUCUGCUCGUCUGUCUGCGUCGGACUUUUCCCUCUGCUCUCUUCGUCGCCCUGUUGUACAACAUCAGCCUCAUCUGCAACCUGCAAGCCCCCUGAUUAUCUUUCAUUCUGGACUUUUCUUUGUCUGGAAUACGGGUACCGCGCCCUGCAUAUGCACUCUUUGACAUGAUAGCCGAUCAGUCAGAGCCAGGCAGACAGGACCUAGAAUUUCGAGAUGCAUAUUGUCAUGUUUGCUGGGAUUAUCCUGGCCAUUGUUUCCAGUGUUCUUUCUGUUCCGGCAGCAGUCUCGGCCCCGGCCUCUCAGUCUAACAACUCUACUGCCUCCUCCACUUCGACGCAACAGAACUUCCAAGUCAUCAAGUGUCAAGGAAGCAUAUGGAUGAAAAACACGACGACCCAUGACUCAGCACUGGUUGAGGACUGCCAUCAUCUACAACGUAACAUUGCAAAGGACGGUGAGUGGAGGACUAUGUCGAGCCGCCACCGCAAUCUUGCAACGUAUGGCACCUGUGUCUUUGGAGUCUGGGGCUUCGACGGCCUCGACAUCUUCAAAGUCGGGAAUGACGACAUCAUUGACCGAAUUGACGAGGCCGUCGCCGAGUUCGCAUUGCAAGAUGCCGACGGAAACUACCACGUUGGAGCAGAGGGCGAGUUCUGGUGCGACAGCCUGAUGAGCUGGCAGGAUGGGGUUAUCUGGGGCAUUUACCGCUCUGACGAUGAUUUCUGAGGCAGCUUCGGCCGACAGGGACACAGGACACUGCAGUGUCUGAGGGAGAUUUGAGGCCAAUCUGAUGGGUUUCAGCUCACAUCUUCCGCACCUCUUACGUGCGAUUUCUGACCGGGUUGCUGGUAGCAUCCGUACGCCUCUAUUCAUGAGAAUCUCUCCGCAUUUGUAUCACGGAAUGAGGUAGUCUGAGUCAUGGGGAGGGACUAUUCGGAGAAUUAUCUCACCAGUCGAUUUUCGUGCUACCUUGCGGCUAACUAUCAUCCGCGUCUUUGUG